GCGCAGCAUGGCGGCUCUUAGGAUGCUGCUUCGGACAGGUGUCCGGAGGCUGCAUUGCAGCGCGGCCGCUCAGGCGGGCGGUGAGUGGCGACUUCAGCAGGGCCUGGCUGCCAACCCCUCUGGCUAUGGGCCCCUGACCGAGCUCCCGGACUGGUCCUAUGCGGAUGGCCGCCCUGCUCCCCCAAUGAAAGGCCAACUCCGAAGAAAAGCAGAGAGGGAAAAGUUUGCAAGACGGGUUGUGCUGCUAUCACAGGAAAUGGAUGCUGGAUUACAGAAAUGGCAACGCAAGCAGGAGGAGAAGCUGCAGGAAGAAGAAAGGAAGCAGAAAAGUGCCCUCAAACCCAAAGGGACUCUACUUCAGAGUCGAUUACCAAGCCAAUAAAGUAAUCCCUGUCUCCA